UCUGGCAACUAUAGCUAUAUAUUGCAUAUUGGAGCAAAACACAUGCGCGUCUGCAAAGAGGAGAAAAUUAACCACAAAAAUGCCUAAGAAAUACACUUUCAUACCAUGGAGAACUAAAGAUGAGUUUGAAAGGAUUUAUCACAAACUAUUUCAAGGAGAUCCUGGAGAGAAAAAGACAGCUAUUGAUAGGAUAUCUUCAUGGAAUUCUAGGUACAAGAAGUUACCAGUAGCCAUAAUAUGUACAAAAAACCUUGUAGAACUCCAACUUGGAAUGCCUGCACAGCAAAAUGGAAACACAAGCACAUUUAUAAUGGCAUGCACACUUGCCAUUACUAGGUUUGUCAAUCUGAUGACUGAGGAAAAGCAGAAAUUUGGAAGAGGUAUGCCUGUUCAUGAGGUUGCCAUGACAAUUGGCCUUCCAAAGUGGAUUGUUGAUAUUCGUCAUCAAGGAACUCAUGGACACAUGCCUAAACAUGCCAUCCUAGAGAGUGCUCUUAGGUUCAGUCUAGAUUGGUUGAAGGAAACCUUCUGGGAGGCACAGAUCAAGGAGAUGUGUGCAGAUAGGAUCGUUCAAGAAGGAGACUUUGACUUACAGACUAUAGAAAAGCUCAAAGGAAUCUUGAGUGACUACAUGGAUUGCAUGGGGAGUUCAAGCAUUCUUGUAAAUGGUCGUCCACAUCACAGGGAAAGAGAGGUCUUGCAGAAACUGAACAAGCCACUGAGGAAUCAUCCUUCCAAGAAAUACCUUGCCUAUCUUCUCACCCAAGAUGGAUACUUGGUUCCAACUCCUGAACAAGAAAGAGCUCUUGGCAUCAGCGAUGGAGUGACUUCCCCGCAGGAUGACAACCUCCCUGGAUCUCUUGUGGCAUUGUGGAAACCACUCCUUGACUUCACCGUGUCCUGUGGUCUAGAGCAUCUUAUCAUGGAAUCCAUCAUCAACCUGCUCUCCCGCUUCACCUCCGGGAAUCCAGUAGAAGCCAAGUCGGGACCAAUCGUGAGAUACCUCCUCGGUUGGGCCAAACACCUCAUCAAGAGAAACGGCAUUACUCAAAGAUCAGAGUCUACCACUAGAGAGAGCCCUCCCCAGAAGAAACAUAAACGGGAUGCAUCCGAGUGGAGCAAGACGUUGAAGAAAUGCAUAGAAAAACCAAACAAGCAUUCCAUGGAACUCUUGCCGAGCCUUCUAGAGUGUCAGGAUCCUCGUCUUGAGAAAUCUGCAGAGGAAAAAUUGAUAAAGCUUGCUGAGACCAUAGUCCACGGACCAAAUGGAAUGUCUCUUUCAACUAAUGGCCUGCCCUCUCUCAAUGACAUGGAGGCAAUGAUUGACUCCAAGACCAGACAGAAACGCAAGGGGAAUCCAAUGUUAGGUAUUCUCUCUGACGGGAAGAAAGGUGCUCAGAAUAGGACAGUCGUAGAUUCAGCACAGCCGUGGCAUCUCAGCGAUGACCUUGUUGAUUGGAGCCACACCCCUCUUGGUGUGUUACCUUGGCAACCAGAUGAUCCAGACUUCUUCCAGCUUGGGACUCUGGCAUCAAAGCAGUCUUCUGAUUCUUAGAUAUUAGAUAAGCAGUACUUGCCAAAAUACUAUUUAAGAGUAUUUAAAGAAUAUUUAGAUAUGCAUUCAAGAGAACCUGUGCAUUCAUUGGUGCAUUUCGCACAAAUUUUUAGAAGCCAGUUAAAACGGAGAUGAGAAAGUUAUAUGAUUGAUUGUAGGAGUAUAAUCAUUUAUAUUUGUAAAAAUUUGUUAACAAAAUUGUCAAAUGUCCUUUGAUUUCUCAUAAGUUGAACCACCAUUGUGUAUGUUUAACACAGUGCACCAUGGAUCGAUGUCAGAGGUUGUAAGUUGAAGCUUAUGUUCCUGUGGCCUGCAGUCUUAACUGCAAAUCUGAUAUAAAAGAAUUAGAAGCCAAUCAAUAGAAUCCUCAAGAGAGUAUGGACCAUCUUUUUAAAAUGUUUUUCCAUGGAUUGGAAAUAUACUUCAUAUGUUCCUCUGCAGUUCUAGAAAGUAUGUGGAUUUGAAAUGGAAUUUUAAUGAAUGAUGAGUGAUUUUGCUUUCAUUCAUUUCUAGAUUUCCAGUCUUUGGGAUGAUUAAAAUUUUUAAAGACAUUUUAUACAAUGAUUUUGAAAAAAAAAAAUUUGCAUAAUUUUUCCAACAUGAGUGCAAUAAUACAUGUAACUGAAAUAGGAAUUAUGGACUACAGAUUGAAUACUUUCUCCACCUUAAGUAUACAUUUAUGUACUGUGCUCUUGUUUCAAUGAAAUUUGCAUGUAUUUUGAGAGAGUAAUGGUGAUUUUUGCAAGUUUAAAUGUAGAAUAUCCUUAAAUGGUCACAUGAAAAGAAAAGGGGAUUCUGACCACAUAAAGACAAUCCCUGUAAUGAAUACAAGAUUUACAGUGCAUAUGUUACACUUGAUACAAGCUACGGAUAUCAGUUUUGUUGACUUGACACCAGACGACAUGGCGAGCAUGGGAAUCGAAUACUUGUAAGAGCAUAGACAUAGCAUUUAACACUUAUUUUAUAGUAUCUGAGUAGUACUUUUGCUCAGCUGGUUUUUCUUUUAUUUGUGAGAGUUCUGAUUUGAUUUGUCCUAGCCUUCAUCAAAGAGAUAUAAUGGUGUUUGUGCAACUUGAUGCUCUCGCAGACAUGAUGCGGCAAAGCUCAGCAUCAUUUGGUGUACAAAGUGAAUGAAAUAUUUUGUAGUCAAACCAGUCAGAUGAUAGCGAUGAAAUAAGUUUGUCAUUGGAUUGUCCACACUACUUAUUCCCUGUUCAAGUCUUUUAACUAUCAUCAUUGAGGUUUUAUGCAAUAUCAUAUCAUUCUGGCAUAUAAAGUAGCAUCACACGGCACAACUCAAAAUACAUGUAGGGAACAAGAUUUGCUUUACUGAAAAGUUAGUGGACUUUAACACUGCCUUAUACUGUGUGAGUCUGAAAUAACUGUGACCCCUAUAAAAAAAAAUGCAAAUUUGAUGAGAAAACAGUCAUGAAAACAAUUAUUGUAUACAUUCUGAAAGAAUGUCAUCUGCCAAAUAAUUUAUCAUUGUAUGUGGUAUAUUGUUAAUUUUAUGCUCUGAUAAUCCACUGUUAUCCUUUACUGUGACGUAUCAAUUUGGGCAUGACUUUGAGUACUCAUUUUUUUUUCAAAUUUCGCUCGGUUGAAAUAUCAUCUAUCCCUUUCAAGAGAUCAUUAGCAUGGAAAAAUCACCAUCUUGCAUGUCUCUCUGAUCAUCGUAGAGAUGCUAAUGAAUAUUCAUGUUACUUGUAAAAUUAACAUAGUGCGCAUGUGCAAUGAACAAAAGUUCGUAGGAAAAGAAAUUUCGCCGGUUGGAUAGGGUUAAAAAGAGAUUAUUUUCUGUCAACAUUGUCUUAUGAUAGAUAUGAAAUCCUGGCAAGUUGAUAAUGCAGUAUUUCUUUAUCAGAGAAUGGUGUUAUUUUACACUAAAUUUUACCAAUAAUACACAUGAGUGAGGGCAUUAGUAUACAAGUAAUGAAUGUUAAUGAGUGCAAUGGACAGAAUAUUUUGGUGAAUGGAUGAAGUAUUCUGCCCAUUGCACGAAUGAGAAAAAAAUCAUUGUUUUAUAUGACACCUAAAAAUAGAUCCUCAUCAAAAGUGCAUUCAGUGCAAGCACGGUCAGUUGAUUGUGCAUACAUACAACAUGCGCACUGCAAUGGACAAAAUCACAUGGAUUCAAAAUUGCACGGAUGAUGACGUCAUUGUAAAAUGAGCUGAAUGAUCGAUAUCAAACAACCAAUCAAAUGACAAGGAUCUAUCUAGGUGUCAUACAUAAUGAGAAUUUUACACAAUGUAACUUUGGAACAGUUCUAACAUGCCUGAUGCAUAGCCAUAAUGAUAUGCAUUAUUUGUUUUAUAAGAUAGUGAUGUGGAUCCUCUUUAUUUUGGUAAACCAUCCUUAUUUCAAAACCAAACCGAUCAUUUUACUUUAUUCAUGACCACUCAUCACUGGUCAUAUAGUAAAUCAUGUUAUACAUUCUGGCAAAUAAAUACCACUUGGUGCAUGUGUAUCGAACAAA